GCCGGCAGCGCGCAGCCUGCAGCCCGGGGCGCCCCAGCGCCGCGCAGCAUCGGGCCCGCCGGGCAGCGGCGGAGCGGAGCGCGGAGAGGAGCGGAAGGAGCGCGGCGGGCCGGAGGGCGCCCGCGGCCCUGCCCCGCGCCCCCCCGGGCGCUGCCGAGCGACGCCGGCCCCCGGUUUCUCCUUUGUGCCCGGCCCCAGGCGGCCGCCGCGCCGGCUCCGCGGGAAUAAUGCGGGGCGUGUGGCUAGCGCUCACCGUCAGCUUCGUGGCCUGCGCCUCCGGGCAGCCGAGAGCAGAUUUGACCUCUGAUAAAGAUUUAUACCUUGACAACAGCUCUGUUGAAGAAGCAUCAGGCGUCUAUCCAAUUGAUGAUGAUGACUAUUCUUCUGGGUCAGGUUCAGGUGCUGAAGAAGAUGAGGAUAAUGCAGUGAUAACAACAUCCAGAACACUUCCAAAGUUACCGACAGCUAGUGAUGCAUCUAGGGCUGAGACCACCACAGUGAAAAUGCAGACCAAGGUGCCUGCACAAACAAAGUCACCUGAAGAAAUCGAUAAAGAAGAAAGGCCUGAGACGGAUGCCAAGAAAAAGAGUGAUGAGCCAGGGGAUGACACUGACGUGUUCACUGAGAAGCAUUCAGAAAACCUCUUCCAGAGAACAGAAGUUCUGGCAGCUGUUAUUGCUGGUGGAGUUAUCGGUUUUCUUUUCGCAAUCUUCCUUAUCCUGCUGCUGGUAUAUCGCAUGAGAAAGAAGGAUGAAGGCAGUUACGACCUUGGUGAACGUAAACCAUCCUGUGCUGCCUAUCAAAAGGCACCUACUAAGGAGUUUUAUGCAUAAAAUUCCUAUUUAGUGUCUCUAUUUAUGAGAUCACUGAACUUUUUUAAAUAAAGCUUUUGCAUAGAAUAAUGAAGAUUUUUUUUGUUUUUUUUUCAUUAAAGAGCCAUUACGGCACCUUUAUGAUAAAAUCCCAUUGUAUUUAAAACUUUUCAUGUAUUCCUUUAAAAAUGUAAAAUUAAAACUUAACAUUUGCAGUGUUCUGUGAAUAACAGUGGCAAAGCAUUAUUUUAUAAAACCAUUGAUGUUCACUGAAUCAUUUUUAAAACUUUAUGCAUAAAUAUAAAAUAAUGAAAAUUAUUGUUUUAUCCUAUGGUUCAAUGAAAGUUGUUUAAUUUUUGUCGGCAUGUCUCAGAUUGAUCUUACAAGUUAGUUUUUAUUUCAUUAAUUUAUCUGUUUCCAAAAAAUGCCUUUUUGUAGUUGUCAUGGUGCAAUUUGUCUUCAGAUAAUUCAGAUAACAGUAACUUUUAGUGUAAAUGUAAUUUUUCAGCUAUGUAAACUUUAACCUCCACUUUGUAUAAAUUUAAGUGUCAGAAUAUCAGUUUUACACUUUGCAUUGUUUCUCAGCGUACCUGUAGCUUCAGUGAGAUUUGUAACAGCAAAUUAAUGUGUAAAAUUGGAUUGUUACUACAAACUGUAUAGUCGUGUUCUUACUAAACAAAUCUCCUGUAAGGAAGAUUUGGAGUAAGCUACUGACAAACCUAAGCAAACCCAAAGACUCUAACAGUAUUUUGAGAAGUUGCUGCAGAUUUCUAUGGCCACUGUAUUUGUUAAUUAUUUGCAAUUUGAAGGUACAAGUAGGGGUUUAAAUUUUUGUUCUUUAAAAAUGCAUUUAAGUUGUAAACGUCUUUUAAAGCCUUUGAAGUGCCUAUGAUUAUAUGUAACUUGUCGCAGACUGGUGUUAAUGAGUAUAUAACAGUAAAAGAAAAUGUUGGUAUUUUAUAAGCACAGACAAUUCUAAUGGUAACUUUUGUAGUCUUACAUGGAUAGACAUAAUUGUAAUUUGGGAACAUAAACACUACUGAAUAAAUCAUGUGGCCUAAUACUGAGAA